UCCUUAGCGGUUCUUCACACUCCACACACACAAACAUACAUCAGAAGAGUUAUCAGACAUCCAUCAACACAACUCAUUUCACUUCAGGUAAAAUCCAAAAGUUUUCUUAGAAUGGAAAACAGCAAAGUCAUCGCAUCUGACAAAGCUACAGUUAUCAUCCAAGUAAAUCCAAAGGUGGCACAAGAUACUGUUAUUUGUGAUGAUGGACAGCAGGUCAGAGUAACAUAUCACAAUACGGCUCUUAAAGGAUUUUUCAAAGCACAACCAAAGGCACUGGGGACUGUACAGAUAAUGACUGGAGUGAUGGUCUUCUUACUUGGUAUUGUGCUCUCCGUAGUCAGAUCUCGUAGUAUUUCUGUCUUUAGCGGCAUCACCUACUGGGGAUCUUUCAUUCACAUCAGUACUGGCUCUCUGUCUGUUGCUGCGCUGAAUAAACGUCAUCCGUGUGUGGUAUAUGAUAUGGGGAUCACUGGAGUAUUGCUGGUGUUCUCCAUCCUUCAGUUUAUCAUUUCCAUCUUUAUCUCAGGAUUUGCCUGCAAAGCCACUUGCAAUACCGACUCUACGAUGGAUACUGAGCCACAGUGA